AUGACCACAAGACGCAACACCGAAUCUCACGACUUACUCCCCCUAACGGAUCCAGAAGCUAUCAUCCGGUCUGGGAACGCCGAACGCAGACGAUUAUCCAAUCUUCACGCCCAGCCAAUUGCCCCCCUACCCUUUCGCCCUAGUCCGUCUGAAGAAAAUAUGUCGGACGCAACCGCCACGCCUGGUACCCAGGAACAGACCACCGACUCUGCUCGUACAGCCGACGCAACCGACAUCAGCACUGCCAAGGACUGGUUCAAAGCCGUCCUCAAGAUCCAGCACUCGACAAUUGCCCAGGCUCAGGAGGAUCGCCGACAGGCCCUCGACGACCGGCGAGCGGAUCGUCAAAUUUUUAUGGCAGCUCAGCAAGCCAACGCCGCUCGUAUUGGACGCCUGGAAGACCUACUUCUGGCCAUGAAUAUCAAGAACGAGGUUGCAACACGACCAGAGCAAUCUGCACCAGGUCGGAUCAACCUCCAGAAAUUUCGCACAUCGGACGGCCCAACUUAUCGGGGUCCAUUCCAAGAAACUGAACCUUUUCUACGCUGGAUCCACGGCGUGCAGAUAUUCUUCGACACUAAGGACGUCAGCAACUCAGCCGAUAGGAUCAAAAUCAUCGGUAACCUCAUCGCGGAAACCAACCUCCAAUCGAUUCCUAACUAUCAAGCCCCCACAAAACCGGCCGACUACUCAGCCCCACGCACUUGGAGUAGCCCAUCUGGCCCAUCGUCCACCCCAGGAAAACCCACUCAACCUCCUGCGGGUCGACCUUCAACCCGGGCUGCAAGCGUCGCAGGCGUUACAGACGUCACACCCCUUGAGGCUCAAGUCUCGGCGCUACAAUUGGAGGCAGCAAUACGGGAGGACGGCCGUUGGGACACAUACUUUGACGACAAAGGUUGCUAUCCUAGUAUGGAUCUGGCCGCUGUGGCAGCACUCGAAGAUCUUGACAAGCAACUCCUUGCAAACGAGAUUGAGAAGGCCGAACAGGCCGACCUAGCAGAUGCUAUAGCGGGUCGCCCGGGACGCGCUUGA